CACAUGCAAGCCAAAAUGAUGGAGCAGCAGAAAAGCCCUGAGUAAGCAGAAGAAGUUGGUCCUCAGAGACCAUGGAGCAGCCGCACAGAGAGCAGUGCAGCCGGGAAGAUGCUUGGCCCCAGAGGGAGAAGUGGCGAGAGAGAGCAACCACCUGAGAGGCUGAUGGCUUCCCCGUUCCUGGCUCCAGCCCCCGUGCGUCCUGCCUGCGAGUCCUUCCCGGUGUUCAAGAAGGCGAGCCCCAAUGGAAAGCUCACCGUCUAUCUGGGAAAGCGGGACUUUGUGGACCACAUCGACCUCGUGGACCCUGUGGAUGGCGUGGUCCUGGUGGAUCCUGAGUAUCUCAAGGAGAGGAGAGUCUACGUGACACUGACCUGCGCCUUCCGCUAUGGCCGGGAGGACCUGGACGUCCUGGGCCUGACCUUUCGCAAGGACCUAUUUGUGGCCAACGUGCAGUCGUUCCCGCCAGCCCCCGAGGACAAGAAGCCCCUGACGCGGCUGCAGGAGCGCCUCAUCAAGAAGCUGGGCGAACACGCCUACCCCUUCACCUUUGAGAUCCCUCCGAACCUCCCAUGCUCUGUGACGUUGCAGCCAGGUCCUGAAGACACCGGGAAGGCCUGUGGUGUGGACUAUGAAGUCAAAGCCUUCUGCGCAGAGAACUUGGAGGAGAAGAUCCACAAGCGGAAUUCUGUGCGCCUGGUCAUCAGGAAGGUUCAAUAUGCCCCGGAGAGGCCCGGUCCCCAGCCCACAGCGGAGACCACCAGGCAGUUCCUCAUGUCGGACAAGCCCUUGCACCUAGAGGCCUCCCUGGAUAAGGAGAUCUACUACCACGGAGAACCCAUUAGUGUCAACGUCCACGUCACCAACAACACCAACAAGACAGUGAAGAAGAUCAAGAUCUCAGUGCGCCAGUAUGCGGACAUCUGCCUUUUCAACACAGCCCAGUACAAGUGCCCUGUGGCCAUGGAGGAGGCUGAUGACACAGUGGCACCCAGCUCGACGUUCUGCAAGGUCUACACACUGACCCCCUUCCUGGCCAACAACCGAGAGAAGCGGGGCCUUGCCCUGGACGGGAAGCUCAAGCACGAAGACACGAACCUGGCCUCCAGCACCCUGUUGAGGGAAGGAGCCAACAGAGAGAUCCUGGGCAUCAUUGUUUCCUACAAAGUGAAAGUGAAGCUGGUGGUGUCGCGGGGCGGCCUGCUGGGAGAUCUUGCGUCCAGUGACGUGGCCGUGGAACUGCCAUUCACCCUAAUGCACCCCAAGCCCAAAGAGGAACCCCCACAUCGGGAAGUUCCAGAGAACGAGGCGCCUGUGGAUACCAAUCUCAUAGAACUGGACACAAACGAUGACGACAUUGUGUUUGAGGACUUUGCCCGCCAAAGACUGAAGGGCAUGAAGGAUGACAAGGAGGAGGAGGAGGAUGGUACCAGCUCUCCACAGCUCAACGACAGAUAGACGGGGCCAGCCCCCUGUGGGCAGCCCAGGUCCACUCUCACGCACUAGGAUGCUUACUUGUCUUCUUCCUGUUCCCGUUCCCCCUCCCCUUUGUUCUUCCAGUUUCUACCAGGGGGCCCCAGAGGUCUUCCAGGUCACCGUGGGGAACCUCUGGCCUCAGGAUUGGCCCCACAUCACCAUGCCGACAGGGCCACAUGCACCCCUUUCACCCCCUCACUGCAGUCUCCAUCCCCCCUCUUUUCCUGCUGACCCCCCAGAAAGGCCACCACGGCUCUGGCUUUGGAAUUUGUCUUGGGAUGGGGAGGAUGGGGCAUGAGGGCUUGGAGGGUGGGGAUGAGGGCUCACGACACGUGAGAGGAUGUCCACAGUCGCAGGUGGAUAACACAGUUCUGGCAGCUAAAAGAUGACCAGGUUGAAGGUCACCCUCUUCUGGCUGGGCAGGGCAGACCUGUGGACAGAUUCUCAAUGCCUUUUUGCAGUUCGGACCCACCAAACACCUCUACCCUCCCACCCCCGUCCCCGCCCCAUGUCCCUCUGUGUCUGACAGUGACACUGGUCUGUAGACCCCAGGAGUGCAGAAAAGCAACUGGACUGACUUUCUUACCAGCAGUUACCUAGUCGAAGGCAAGCAGUGUGAACUAGCUCAAGUCUGUUUCAGCAUCGCCAGGAUGUAACAUCCUAGCUACCUUGUAUCUUAUGCGUGUGUCCUGUCUAUAAUAUGCAGAGAGAGAGAGAGAGAGAGAGAAGGGAGGGGCCUUCAGAAUGCACGGACCUGGACCCGGCAGAGGGAGCUGAAGCUCCUGAGGAGGUUUCCUGAAGGGUGGCUCUGAGGGAUGGGGGCAGGGGCGGAAAGAUGAGCAUCUGCCCUGUUCGCUUCCUUUGUAGACUUAAGAGCAAUCAGCCAUCCCACGGGCCAGGGUCACUGGCAUCCUCUCUCCUCUCCUUGCAGUUCUCCAGGGUGGGGCUGGCCCUGCAGGCUGAGAGAGCACCUGAGGCCACCGCGCCCACAGUCAAAGGGGUCCUUUCUCAGAAGGCAGUAGGGUCCAUCAGGAUACCCUGACCCAAAAGGAAGGGGACUGCUGGAUAGCAAGGAGCAUUUUGUUUCCUUGGGGAGGUGAUGACCUUCCAGUAAUUCCCAGUGUCAUGGGUACCCAGUGAUCUCUGGGCUGGUAUUGGUGUGACUGGGCCCUGGGCAUUUCCAGGGCAACAGGGCAGGCAGAGGGUGAGGUAGAAAGUGUUAAAAGGUAUCUGUUCUUGUCUGGCCUUUUGAUGCUCACUUACUGUGUGACCUUGGGCAAGUUUCUUUCCCUCUCUGGGCCUCAGUUCUUCACCUAGAAAACCAAUGGGAUUGACCAGAUGAUCACAAAAGGCCCUCCCGAUCUCUAAGAAUUUGUGAAUAUUAGAGCUUCUGGCCUGGUGAGCAGAGCCAGGGCUGCUGACUGUUACAUCUGCCUCCAGAGGGGAUUCACUGGACCCCGGAGGUGGCAAGGCCUUGGAGAGCUCCUAGCCCACUGCCCCUGCCCUACCCCCUCCAGGGAAGGGCCCUUCUUGGGCCCCUGGGGGGUUGCCUGUGGCCAGAGCUAGCAGGACUCUCGGCCCUGGGGCCCGAGUGUUAGAGAAGGACAGAGCUUGUAUCAGCUAAGGCUUGGGGGUGGGGGUGGGGGGUUGUGAUAGGGCCUCCAGUACCUCACAGCCCCCUGUGGAUGCAGACUCCCUGAGGUUCACCUGAUACCCAAGCAACUAUGAGGAUCUGUCCUCAAUGCCUGCUUCCUUCUAUCUCUAUCCCACACUCGCCUGAAAAGGGAGACCACGAAUGUCAUCAUACAGGUAGGGGUCUCAGCCCUUUUCAGCCCAGCCCCACCUGGGGUGGACUCUGUAGCCAUUUCCUGUGGUGAUAUUACCCUGCCCGGGCCUGACACUGCACCCAGCCGUCCCUUCUGAAUCUCACGAAGACUCAGCCCUGGGGACCUCUACCCCAGGUCAGAAGCAAGUCAGCUCGGGCAGCCACACUCCCCAGGCCAGUCCUGCAGUCGUAGCCCCUGUGAGAGCUUGCGGGGCAGUUUGCACCUCCUUUGGGCUGCUGUAGAGUUGAGGAAAUGCUGGAACAACACGUGGCAAGCAUAUGCUCUCCAUCGUUGUCCCCUGGAACCUUUGGGGCUGGUACAAGAUCCUUUAGGAUUUGGGGCGGCCACUCCCCUCAAACCUCUUUCGCCAUCCCUAACCCACGCACACAAAAGAUUGUCAGGCUGGUUUCUUGCACUUCCUCCAUCUCAACAUCUCACUCACCCUUUUGGGUUUAUCCCAGUGUUGACUUGAAGCGUCCACUUGCAGGAAGCAUCGUAGCCCCAUCCAGCCUUUCAGUCUCGGGGCGCAGGAGUACAGAAGGGCAGUGGUCACGUUCAUUUGAAUAUGGCUUAACCAUCCCUUGGCUGACAGCUUCUCUGCUCAGUGACAAGCACUGGAGACACAGAGAUGACCAGUCCCAGCCCCUGUCCUCAGGAAGCUUAUGGUCAGAGGAAAGUUACGGGGGGAGUAACAGGGAGCCAUGGCAUUCAGGGCUCCAUGGCUGCUGCUCGUCCUUAUAGUGCCUUGACGUGAUGUAGAAACGGUGCCCCUUCCAGGUGGAUUCAGCCCGUGUUAGAAAGUACAGCUUUGUGAAUGGCGCUCAGGCUGGAGGUUAGCCCCACUUUCCCCUGGGCCGGGCACCCUCCUGCACAGCUGGGCGAUGCAGCCCAGUGGGUGGGGCACUCAGGCCAGAGAGUUUUCUUUGGCCUCUUCCUGAGAGAAAGGCCCAGAUCAUCUUUCCAAGCUUCUGGUUGGCUCCUGACCCCACUCCCGCUGCAGCCCCCUACAGAGUCCUUCUCUGUAGGCCCCUCUCCAGCUGGACUCAGCCUGUCUGCAGUCAGGUGAGGCCUUGGAGUGAAACUGAGGGUAGGGAGCCCCACAGGGCCCCAGGCACCAGCCCACAGUCUUGGCUCUUUCUGUGCACACAUUUGGGGCCUGUGCUGGCCAUGCAGCUCCACCCUGGGACUUUCCGGCCGGCCGUGGAGGUGGCAUGUAGGUGGCAGUCUGGGCAGAAAGGAAGAGCACAGCUCUGGUGAAAACCCCCAGGCAGAGGGCCAGCUGGACUUCCUCAGCAUUCCCAUCAUGAGAAGAGUGCAGUCCCUGUGAAGCUAAGGACUGGGUUAUUUGGCUUGACUCCACGGGCCUCCUUAGUCUCAAAGCCCAGACACGCGAGAGUGGGAUCCCUAGGGGUGUUGGCUCAGCUGGGGAGUUGCUGACAAGCUGCUUCUCACGUAGUGCAGUGAAGAGCGUGCUGGCCUGCGGGUGCCCAGUGCCCCUCAGUCCUGGCUGUCACCAACCAGCUACGUAGUCUUGAGAAGGCACUCAACCUCUUGGGCUUGAGCUCCCUAACUAUAAAAUGGGACAGUAAUCUCUUUCCCACCUGACUCAAGGAAUUGUGAGGCCCGGAUGAGCUGAAAGUCAGUGGAGAUGAAGGUUGGCUCUGUUAAGUCGCAAAUGGCCGCACAGGCCACGGCACUGCCACUGCAGGGGAGUUGCCCAGGGUCACACAGGAAGUUUGCUGUGGGCUGAACCCUCCUCCCACCCAUCCUCAUCUCUUGCCCCCUUCCCACGUAGGCGGAUGUCAGCCAGAAUGAGAAGCAGCCAGUUAGGGUUUGGUGGCCCAGCCAAGAGGGAAAUUCACACUAUUCAGGAAAGUUGUGCCCACAGAGAGUGGUCCCAGCAACCAGGACAGAGAGACAAGUGGGUAUUGUCAGUGAUUGGGACAGGGCAUCUUGGACCCUCCUAGGCCCGAUGUCACCCACAUCUCCCAUCUCUCAGACCCCACAGGAAGCCUUGGCUCUGAUCCCAAGUGAAGGAGAGCCACCAGCCCCCCAGCCCAGAGAGGGCUGAACCACUGCUCCAUCAAAGAACCCCAAAGGUGAGGUGGAAUAGAAAUUGCCUGACCUUUCCCUUCAAAGUCUAAGGCCCCCUCCAGGGUCAACCAGAACCUACAAUUCUUCCUGGUAACACUUGGGAGGGAUUCGGGCCACGGAGAAUCCAGGCCUCCUCCCCUGAGAGCUGAGCCCCAGCUGACCCGUUCCCCAGUGGACUCAGCGGCCCACAAAGGCAGCUUCUCUCCUGCCAGGGACUGGGGACUGGACAUUCCCACCCAGCCCACAGGAAGGCAUUAGGCCCCAAUAUUGAACUCUUACAGGGUCUCAUGGAUGUAGGCCUAUACCUGUUCUGAUGUUUUUCCUUUUAAAGUCAACAAGGACCAAAACAGACUCCCCCUUGUUCCUAAGCCUGCAUCGGGCCAGGCAUUUUGCCAUCCUGGGCCACGCAGCUCCAUCACUUUUGUCCUCCCUCUAGGACUGAAAUGGCCUACCCGUGGGGCAGGGUCCCCAGCUCUACCACUCCCCUGCAGGGUCACUGCCCAGUGGCUUCAAAGAGAGGCCCGUUGAAGGGGGAGCACCCUCCCCCCAUCACUGUCUCCCAACUCCUCACCCCGAAAGGGAAGUCAAAGCACAGGUCCCCAGGACCCAUGAUCUGUAGACACUCUGACACACUGGUUUUCAAACCAAGUGCUGUGGCACCUCUGGUGUUCCACAGAGCUCUGUCAGGGGCUGCUAAGGUGGGAAGGUGGGGGUGGAGGCAAAGGCUAGGUCUCCAGCCCUACCCCCACUCCCACUUCCACCGGAACAACUCUGCUUUUAUCUGUCUUGCCUGUUGAGGUUUCUCCUUCAAACUUUCUUUUGAAGAAAACCUUCAAACCACCAUUCUGAGGUUUGAUCUUAAGACCAGCAAGCACAGGUUCUAUUCUUGCUUUUCAUGUAGGAAUGGCUCCAGCGUCCCAAUACAAAGGAUCUUUGUAUUGGAGCUUGGGUUACAGGCCCAGGCCCAAGCAUUUGCUUAUUCACACGCACACACGCCCUCGUGUACACAUUUGAUGGCUUUGUGGCCCACUGACCCUGAAGCUCUGGCCUGGGUUGAUUCGGGCAGGGGUCUGGUGCUCAGUGAGGAUGGGUCUUGACCCUGAUAUGGGCCCAUGUCGCAUGGGGGACGUGAAGCAAGGAAACAGCCCCAGCCCCACCCCAGGACUCGUGUCUGCACCCCAGGAUGACACCUCACUUCCCUGCCCCAGACCCCGGGAUGACAGAAGGAGCAGUGUGAUGGAGGAGAAACUAGAGUCAGGGUCUUCCUUACAUACAGACACAUGGAUGGAAGUCCGGGCUUCCAUCAAAGACACGUUGAGGGAGGACCUUGUGACAGAAGUCCCUCCUGUGAGGGCACGAUCUCCCCAGAGACCUUUCAGGCAGACGGUUUCCUUCGAGUGGUUCUAAUAGGCUUCCACUCCCACAUCUGUGAACAACCAGGUGUGGGGGCAACAGGAGGGUACCUGAAGAGAGGUUGGUCCCUUACCUGCAGUUCCCCGAAUUUUCUCCUUGCUUGCCUGCCCCUCUGCCCAGACCCCUCACCAGGGAUGACUAAUGGGGUGGGCACUUUGGGAGACCGGGACAGCCCUUGGUUAAGAAUCUUACCUGGGACCCCCACCCAGGGUAUUCUAGGUGGGAUGUGAGGCUCAGGGCACAGCAAGCCACGUGGCAUGGGAGAAAGAGUGCCAACUGGUGUUCUCUGUUCAGUCUGAGUGUGCCCUUGAGAACCUGAUCUCAGUUUCCCCUUGCAUAAUUUAGGGGUAGUGCCAGGCUCUGCCCACCUCUCAGAUAUUACUGCAAGGGAGGGUCAUAGGAGGGGUGGGGAGCCUCACCACUCGGGGUGCAGUCCUGGCCUGCACUGCAGAACGUGAGUCCUCAGGGGAAUGACUGUAGGAUGCACUGUCUUCCCUGGGCAUCUCUGCUCAGUGUUAGAGUCCAGCCACAGAGGCUGUGAGGGGCCUGCCUCUUCCUACCCAUGGGAACUGGUGCUCAGCCAGGCACAGUGACUGUGUGUGGAUCCCGGGCACAAGGAGUGACAGGUGGCUGGGACAGGUCUCCAGGUCUAUGGCCCUUCUGUUAAGUGAUUAUUUUGUGACACCCUCAUGCCUGGGCCACCAGCCAGGUGUAUCUGUUGUACAUGUGGCAUUCCUUAUUAUGUCAGAUAAGUUAUUACAGUUUAUUCAACUCUAACAGGACAAAUGAACUAAAGAACCAUAAAUAGGAGGCCAUUAAAGGUCUUUUGUGACA